AUGUUUCGCACCUUGCUGGUGUUUGUUUUCCUUGUCGCUGUCCACGCUGGGCGUUCGCCAAAUGCGGAUAUUCUUGAGGAACUUUUAAGUGAUCUAAAUGGACGUUUUUCUGAUAAUAUAGAAGAGGAUGCAAGGCUAGAUGUCCCAGAACUUGUUAAAAAAUAUGGAUAUAACCUAGAGGAGCACACAGUAGUAACUCCUGAUGGCUAUAUAUUAGGGAUGCACCGUAUACCACACGGUCGUGACAACAAUAACGUCCCGGGAGACAGACCUGUCAUUUUCUUGAUGCACGGUUUGCUGGGAUCCUCUGCUGACUAUGUACUGAUGGGCCCAGGUUCUGGAUUGGCUUACAUACUAGCCGAAGAAGGUUUUGAUGUCUGGAUGGGGAAUGCCCGCGGAAAUUAUUAUUCACGCAAGCAUUUAAGAUUGCGCCCUGACGCACUUUUAAACACAGACUUUUGGGACUUCUCGUGGGAUGAAAUAGGAAACAUAGAUUUACCAUCUAUGAUUGAUCAUGCUCUUGUUUAUACCGGCAGAUCCAAGUUGCAUUAUAUCGGAUUCUCGCAAGGAACUACAUCAUUUUUUGUGAUGACGACACUUAGACCCGAGUAUAAUGAAAAGAUAAUAUCUAUGCAUGCUUUAGCCCCUGUUGCUUAUAUGGCACAUAACAGAAAUCUCCUGUUUAAUGCCUUGGCACCUUUUUCUAAAAGUCUGACGUCACUAGCCGGGUUGAUUGGUAUCGGUGAAUUUUUACCUAACAGACUUAUAUAUACUUGGGCUGGCCAAACGCUGUGUAGAGAUGAAGCUAUACUGCAGCCAGUUUGUAGCAGCAUACUUUUCUUGAUUGCUGGAUGGAAUGAAAACCAGCACAAUGCUACAAUGUUACCUGUUAUUUUUGGCCACACUCCAGCCGGCGCAUCAGUCAGGCAGAUCGCUCACUAUGGUCAAGGCAUAGCAGACAAACAUUUCCGUCGGUACGAUUUUGGGUGGACUCAAAACAGACGAAGAUACGGUACCCGUACCCCUCCAUCAUACGACUUAGGAAAAACCACAACACCUGUGUUCUUACAUUAUUCAGACAAUGAUCCACUAGCUCAUGUGAAUGAUGUGUUCAGAUUGUUCAAUGAACUCGGAAACCCGGUUGGCUUAUUCAGAGUUCAACAAGCUACAUUUAGUCAUCUGGACUUCAUGUAUGGUAUUGAUGUUAAGAAGCUAGUAUAUGAUCGAGUUAUCAAUUUAAUACGUACUAUGGACCAACUUGAUUUCGUGAGACUCUUCUUCGUGAUGUGGAUAAGAUUGGUACUCCUUAUCGGCUCUUUAACUCUUUCAGCGGCCGGUCCAUCCCCAAACGCUGAAUAUGUUAAGGAGUUAAUAAAAACAAAUGCUUUUGAUCAAAAAAUUGUAGACGAUUUAUUGAUAGAUGCCCUUCUCGAUGUGCCUGCCCUUAUAAGAAAAUACAAGUACCCCUUGGAGGAACAUUUUGUCAUCACUCCGGAUGGCUACAUAUUGGGAAUGCAUCGUAUUCCUCGUGGUCGAGAUAGGUAUAAUGUACCUGGAGACAGACCGGCUGUAUUAGUGAUGCAUGGACUAACUAGUUCUUCCGCAGAUUACGUCAUUACGGGACCUGGAAACGCUUUGGCUUAUAUUCUUGCGGAGGAAGGUUACGAUGUAUGGCUUGGAAAUGCUCGGGGAAAUUAUUAUUCUAGAAAACACUUAUAUUUAAAUCCUAACGCGCUAUUUAACUCUACGUUUUGGGAAUUUUCUUGGGAUGAAAUAGGUAACUUCGAUUUACCCGCGAUGAUUGACUACGUUCUCGCUGAAACUGGUAAAUCGAAGCUCCACUACGUUGGAAUGUCACAGGGAACUACGUCGUUCUUUGUUAUGGGUUCACUGCGUCCUGAUUACAAUGAUAAGAUUAUUUCUAUGCAUGCUUUAGCGCCCGUAGCUUACAUGGAGCAUAGCAAAAACCCAUUAUUUAAUGUGUUAGCUCCUUAUGCAACGGAUAUUGCGGCAUUGGCGUCAUUGAUUGGAGUCGGGGAAAUAUUGCCCAAUAGUUUUCUAUGGACCUUGGUAGGACAAAGUGUUUGCAAAGAUGAGUCUAAAUUACAAUUCGUCUGUCAGCAUGCCAUAUUCUUCAUAGGAGGCAGGAGUGAAGACCAAUUGAAUUCGACAUUAUUGCCUGUUAAACUUGGUCAUGUGCCAGCUGGGUGUGCAGUAAAGCAACUGGCACAUUAUGGUCAAAGUAUAAUAAGCGCAAAAUUCCGGCGCUACGACCACGGUUGGUUGCAGAAUCUACGAAAGUACGGGAGAAUCGAGCCACCGAACUACGAUUUGUCCAGGAUAAAUGCACCAGUGUUUCUACAUUAUUCCGAAGGGGAUCCGUUGGCUGACGUUAUUGAUGUAGAUAGAUUGUACAAAGAACUUGGGGGACCAGUCGUCAGGAUACGUGUUCCUUUAAAAACUUUCAGUCAUAUUGAUUUUGUGUGGGGUAUAAAUGCUAAAGAAUUGGUUUAUGAGAAAAUGAUUAAUAUCAUGAAGAUGUUUGAUAAUAAUUAG